AUGGCCGUGCUCGACGACGCCAACGCCGACGACUUCUUCCGCCUCCCGCCCCUCCCAGCGGCGGAGGGGAGCGGGUUCAAGCUCGCGCCGCUGGCGUCCGUUGCACCGCGCUUCGUCCUCCCCGCGCUGGAUGAGAACGCGCCGGGCGUCGAGCGGCUACUGGGCACGCUGGGGUCGACGUUGGUCGUUAACGAUGCUGGGCCAUCACUUACCCCCUUGCCGCCGCUGCCCAGACUCCAGACCGAGGUGCGAUACGACGCCAAGGGCAAGGGCCGUGCCGUGCCGCCCAUCGACGCCGAACUCUGGCGCCUUGCCGGGAUAGAGGAGCCCGGGCCGAGCCAGCCGUGCGCGUUCCAUUCCGUCGCGACGUGGGACGACGCCGGCGCCGACAGCCCGUUCAUGUCUGAGCGGCCGCCGCAGUUCUUCGAGUCACUGCUUACCUCAGAGGAACCCCCCGUCCACCUCCCCAAGCUCCGUACCCCGUCUGCCGCGUCCCCCAUCGACGUCAAGGUCCUCCUCGACCUCAUGAUGCGCGCGACGCUCGGCACGACGCUGACCGACGACCUGCGCUGGAGCCGGCGCGAGCAGCGGUUCGUGUAUGCCGAGACUGGGGCGCGGCCCAAGGGCAUUGAGCGGAGCACGACGGACGACCUGCUGCACGAGUUCCUUACUAUUGGCACGGCGGUGCGCCGUCUCGAGAUCGUGCUCGAGGAGCAUGGCGCCACACCCAUCACCCCGACGCACCACGCCCUCCUGCACGCGCUGUCGACUAUCGUGGCGUACUUGAAGCAGCGGCUCGGCGCCGCCGUGGACAGGAGCUUGGGGGACGAGAAUGCGCCGCUGCUCCAACGUUCAAGCCCGCUUUACGACUUGGUCCACCUCGCGUCGACGCUCUGCGAGAUUGUGUGCUGGCCCAUAGCACAGGCAAAGCCAAUCGGCCUGCCGGCCAAGCCGCACGCCGUGCUCACCUUGCUUCACUCUCACCUCCUCGCGCAGCUGUCCACCUCGACUGACGCCGACAAGAGCGAUGGCACGACACUGUCGCUCGCCUACCUCCUGUCUCGCGCAUCAGAGCCCUUCCUCGCGCUGCUGCAGCAGUGGGUCGGACUGGCCGACUCGGCUCGGAUAGACGACGAUACCGACCCAGAGUCACAGCCGUGGGCCGACCUCGGCAUCACGCGUACCCGCCUGCCUGCAGCUGACGGCAUCGACGUGAGAUGGGACUACACCUUCUCGGCUCGCCGCAUGCCAGCAUUUGUUCCCCGCGACGCCCGCCGAACACUGUUCGAAGCUGGGCGGAGUCUGAGAGCCCUGCGAGACGCUUCGGGCGGGCUGCACCCGCUGUGCUCUACCGACUGGCACCUGAGUGCAAACUGGGGCUGGGGGAGCUCUGCAAACUUGCCUCCAAACGACCUCCGACUCCACAUUCGCCGAGUCCACCGUGAUAUUGAUCGUUGGCGCGGGACAGCCCACAGCCGAAUACGCACCACCUCAGAGUCCUCCCUUACCAGCUAUGGCCCCGGCCACCAGCGACGACAAACUCAGCAGUAUGACCUGAUGUCGUCCCGAGCGUCGUCUCCGACCGCAGCGCCACCUUCACCGCUAUUCGCCUCCCCGCCCAGAACCCUCACAGACCUGUGGUCUGCGUUCUCGCAGCCUCCAGGAUCACACCUCGGGGCAACACCCGAGGCUGAUACGUUGUGGAACCCAAACGUGCAGGACGACCUCGAGGCAUUUGUCAAGGUUCAUUCCGAUCAAGCCCAGCCACUUCUGCCACCAGAGUGUCCAACGCUCGAGCUCUACAUCUCGUCGCACCUCCUCGCUCCGCUCUUGGCACAUUCAGCGCUCAUCUCGUCAUCGCUGACCCAGUUGUACCUGGACGACCUCGGCUUCUUACAGCACCUGGACGUCCUCCGUGCCUUCUGGCUCGGCGGAGACACGUCAUUCUCCGACACGGUCUCGUCAGCUCUGUUCGCGGGAGACGCCUCUGGUGGCGGAGAAAGCCUCGGGCGACGUGCACGAACUCGGGCCCGACUUGGUCUGCCGGGAACGACUGAGCCUGGGAUGUCGAUCAACAGCGACAACUGGGGUAUUGGCCUUGGCCUGGGUCUGAGCGACAGGCAGCGAUGGCCGCCUGGCGGUUCAGAGCUGGCGUACGCCCUCCGUGCCACUUUGCUCGACGACUCCGUGGACCGAUUGGCGUCCAAGGGUCCAGUUUGGGCAGCAAUCGAGGACCGCGUUUCGUUUGCGGUGAGGGCGCUGCCGGAGGAUGAGAGUGACGGGCGGCGAUCACGAUGGCUCAAUCCACAAGCCCUCGACUUCAUCUACCUCGCCUACUCACCCCCCGCAGCCAUCGCCACACUGCUGCCACACAGUGUCAUGGACAAGUACCAGCUUAUCCACAACUUCCUGCUGCGGAUUUCCCGCGUCGAGGCGGUUGUUCGAUCCCUCUACUUUGACGUGGUGCGCCCCUCGCGGCCAGCGGACGAUGUGCCGAUCAAAACAGGCGUCGACGCCGCGUUUAAUCGCAUGCCAUCCCAAUUAGGACUUGGGCGUCGACGCGUCCAAACUAUAUUCGAACCCGGAUCGGACGCGGAUCGCACACUACUGGCCUUGCGGUUCGUCAUGUCCUCGUUUGUGGCGGCCAUUAGUCGCUACGUCCUGGAUACGGCCAUUGGCCAGAACUGGGACGUUAUGCGCAGGCGACUGGACAAGUUGCGUAGACGCGGCCAUGCGCCGCCGUCAACGACGACGGACAGCCGGCCUGUGACACCUGGCCCUGACGAUGGGGACGACUAUGAAGAUCUGGACGAAGAACUAGACGAUGUGGGCGGGGGCGAGGACGAAGACGACGCGCCGACGCUGCUCGGUGCACUGUCGCAGCUACAGUCUGCCCACUCGCUGGUUCUGUAUCACCAGAUCAUCCUCAACCGUAUCUUGCGAGCGUGCCUGCUCAUCCCGCAACCGGGCCACCAAGUCACGUUCAAGCUGCUCAUGACCCUCUUUGGUCUCAUCCUGGACCUGGGCAAGACAGUCAAGGAGGUGGAACAUGGGGUUAGUACCCCAGAAGCGGGGGCCGAGCACGUGAUGGCUCUGCAUCAAGACUGGACGGAAAAGAGUGCAGUGUUUCUUCACGCGUUGGAACGUUUGUCCCUGCGGACCUCGCCACGCACGACCGCGGCUGCCACUGGCGCUGGAGGGGCCGACGAGGGCCCCAAGGCUGCUGGGCAGCAGGAUCUGCAGGUUUUGCUGGAUGGAGAACGACAAGGGUUAGAGGACACUGGCGGCGUUUCAGCGCCACCCGCGUCUCAUCUGCCUGGAUCCACCGAGUUGCAAGAGCUGCUGCUUCGUCUCAGACUUGGUUCUCGCGACUCUAGACCACAUGGUAGCUAGCUCAGCUAACUUGUACAAGCGACCAUGCCGUCAUUGGUGGGCGUGCGGGCCGGUGGUAGGAAGCCGUGUCAAAUGUAAUUAAGAAGGCCAAACGUGAUGGGGGCAAGGGUGGUCAC